CUUCCUGGCCUCAUUAAGGAGACCUUCCUGCCGCGAUAUAAAGGCUGCUGAGGGGAGGCUUGGCUUCAGUGUGUCCUUUCCCGUCUGCAGGAGCUGAGCUGGGGUUUUAAGAGAGCUGACUGGGGCGGCCGUGCGCCGCGUUUGUGCCGCGCGAUGGAGAGGGCUCUGCUCCGCGGCGCUCUGUUUCUCCUGCUGGCCUUGGGCGGCUGCGGCUUGGCCAAGGCUGAGGGCGAAGCGUGUCGCGGCUGGGCGUACGGGGAGCAGUCGUCGGAAGACACUUUCUGGUGCGUGAAGCAAAGCGACGGAGAGGACGCCCCGUUCUGCUGCGGGACCUGCGACUCGCCCUCCUGCAGCUCCUCCGAGGAGCGCCGCCUCGACCCGGCAGAGUGCUGUCCGGGCCUCCAACUGGAAGCCGAAGCAGCCGAGGAGCCGACGGCCAUGUCGGAGGGGAGCUGGACCCUCAACAGCAGGACUGCAUACGUCCUUUUCGCUGGGUUCGUCACCGUAAUUGUUGUGGCCUUCACUCUCUUUCUCUGCGACUACUGCUUGCCGCGCUUGGUUCGCUACCACGCUGAGAAUUAUGACCUCUCCAUCCCGCUCCUCGACGACAACCCCGCUCCCUCCUAUGAAUCCUGCAGGAGCAGGGCUUCCUCCUCUGGGUCCGAGAGCCAGCAAGGCACCUCUCCUCUGCCCUCUGGCCGUUCUCUUCCUCCCAGCCAUGAAUCCCGUGUGGACAGAACAUCCUCAGGAACCCAAGACCCUCAGGGCACACCUCCUGAACCCUCCGCCACUGCACCUGUUGUACAAGCCCUGGAGCCAGAAGAAACCAACCUGCCUCCAGUGGUGGUUCCAGUUAGAAAUGUUUCUCCUCCUCCAGCUCCCAUCUUUGACCUUCUCUCUUCUCUGCCGGCUGAUCCUCCUUCCAGCUGCGAAUCCUGCGUGAGCCCAGCAUCCUUUGAAGUUGAGGUCCCUCAGGGCUCACCUCUUCUGGCAGGGGAGCCUCCUUCCAGCUAUGAAUCCUGUGAGGGCAAAGCAUCCUCAGGGGCUCAGGACCCUCAGGACACCACUCCUGUGCCCACUGCACCUGUUGUCCAGCAGGCAGAUCCUGCUGCAGCCCCUGAGCCCGAAGAAAUCAACUUGCCUCCAGGUGUGGUUCAGGCUAGAAAUAUGUUGCUGCCUCCUCCUGUGGAUCCCACCUUCGACUGUCUCUCUGAACCUCGCCUCUAAUGGUUGAGCCAGCCUCUUCAUCUGGAGUGGUACGCCAGGUACACCUACCAGAUUAAAACCCGGUGCUGUGUAUUGCUCUCAGCACCAAGCAAAGCAACUGACCCUAUCUAACCAUGCUAUGAAGAGAGUGUGUGUAUAUGAAGUGGAAGUCCUGUCUAAAACGUCCCUCUCCCCCCGGUCCUUCUUCUAAACAGGAGGCUGGUGUCAUGAUGAUUACAGCACCUGUUCAGAAUGCUGCUCUCCCCCAUUUAAUGGAAGGGUUUCCGGGAGACCAACGCCACCAUCACACAAAUCAUUGUCUAAACUCUGCAGAGGUGCUUAGAACCCUUUCGCCUCCUUCUGUGGAGCCCAUCUUCAUCCCUCUCUUGGAAACUCACCUCUAACGGUUAGUCUAAUCACCCUCUCCAGUGGAGGUGGUUUGUCAAGUAACUCUGCCAGAGUAAAACUGGUGGUGAAAACUGAGUUGGGAGAGGAUGGACAGUCCACUUGACUUGAUCAACAGGCCUGCUCAACUUCAGCCCUCCUGCAAAUGUUGGCCUACAACUCCCAUAAUCCCUGCCUAUUGGCUACUGUGCCUGGGGAUUAUGGGCAUUGUAAUCUAAAAACAGCCGGAAGACCUAAGUUGAGCAGGCCUCAUAAACUGCUCACUUCUCCUGGUACUGCAUCAAAGACCACCUGAUUUGCCUUAAAGUGUACAUGCUAAUUUGGUGCCAUUUGCCUAGUCAACUUGACUAGGGAUUCUCAAUGUUGGAUUCUCAAUUAUCCCCCCCACACACACAUACACACGUGUUAUUGGACCAACUCCCAUAAGCCCCAACCAAAGACCACUGGGGCUGAGGAUUAUGGGAGUUGAAGUCCAAUAACAUCUGGGGGCCCAACACUGAGAAUCCCUGAUCUUAACCACAGAAUAGGAAAGACAUUCGAUGCUCCUUUGACAUGGCAAGUGAAGAUGUGACACACUAUUGUUGGAGGGGCCCUUGAAAGACUUGAGCAGGCAACACUUUGCUAGGUUUCCUCACAGAUGAAGAUAUAGUCUUGAGCUGUGGCUAAGAAGUAGUCUAUAUUUUUAGAUGAGAUGUAAUGCCUCCUGGCUGGCCUUAGAGGAAAGUCUGUGCAGUUUGCAAAGGCUUUUUAAGAACUUGAUUGUGUAUAAUGUGUGUGUGUGUGUUUGGGAACCCUAAAGAGGUAAGACAGGCACACAGCAGUGUGUACCUCCUGAAUCCAAAGCUUCUGGCAUGAGAAGCCCUUUCUAGCACAGACACGCAUCCAAUGUAUGCUUCACAAUUGUAUGUACAUUGUCAAUAAAAGGUCUAUUUUGA